UCGUGCGUAUUAUGCACGGAUCCUUGCCGAAUUCGUCUGAAUGCCCUAAUCAACUCGCAUACAAACCUCCUCGCAAGCCCCGUGUUCACACUUUUUUUCCCCCUCUGGGGACAGAGGGCGUGAUUAGAGGAGCCACUCAGCCGCCCCCCGCGUUCUUUGUCCUCGCUUUUUCGCGAGACCGCACUUCGCUUCCUUCAGAAGUGCGCCCACUUUCGCUCCCGCCUCCUCCUUCGGGCCAGGUCUUGCAUAACGCCAUGGCAACGUUGGAACUCGGCGAGACCCACCACCGCUCCCACCAGACAAAACACAUUUGAGAAACGUGAGGUGGUGGCGAUCACGUGGAGCCGGCGGCCAAUGAGGAAAAGAGGGUGGGGCUCGGCUGUCCAGUCAUUCAGCAGAGCUGCGUGGAGUCACAGGGCGAUCGGCGAGGAGAGAGCGGUGUUUGGGUUGCGGCGAAGCAAGGCAGCGCUUGUGGAAAAAGCCUGGAGGAGGAAGCCUCGCGACCGAGCCGCUCCCUCUCGUUGCCGCCGCGUUUACGGAACGUUGCGGGGCUCCUUCCCCAGCUGUGAGUGGGCGUGUGAGGGCGAGGAAAAAGUGGGUGAUGUGUUUCCCGCUGGCGGCCAUCUCCACCAAAGCCGCUGCUUCCACCGCCGGAGCCGCUGCCUCCACCGGGUCUUAAGAGACGCGCUCAAGCGGAGGCUUCCGCCCUCAGCUCCUCUCGCCUCGCCCCCGGGUUGACCGGAGAACGGGCCCUUAGUAGCGGGAUCUAUCCCGACAUGAGCCGCGAAGCCAACUUUACUCAUUACUGAACAGCCGGCGACGUUCUUCCACCUGGCGAGCCGACCCACUGGACAACUUGGGCCGCCUAUCAGAGAUGGGAGUGAACUCGGUGCACUGGUUCCGCAAGGGGCUUCGACUCCACGACAACCCAGCGCUGAGGGAAGUCAUCGAGGGGGCCGAUACGGUGCGCUGCGUGUACAUCCUGGACCCCUGGUUUGCGGGCUCCUCCAACGUGGGAAUCAACCGGUGGAGAUUUCUCCUUCAAUGUCUUGAGGACUUGGAUGCCAACUUACGAAAAUUAAACUCUCGUUUAUUUGUGAUUAGAGGACAGCCUGCAGAUGUAUUUCCUAGGCUUUUCAAGGAAUGGAAUAUUUCAAAACUUUCUAUUGAAUAUGACUCUGAACCAUUUGGAAAAGAGAGAGAUGCAGCAAUUAAGAAAUUGGCCACCGAAGCAGGAUUGGAAGUCAUUGUACGAAUAUCACAUACCUUAUAUGACUUAGACAAAAUUAUAGAAUUAAAUGGAGGCCAGCCACCUCUUACUUAUAAGAGAUUCCAAACUCUGAUAAGUAGAAUGGAACCAUUGGAGAUGCCUGUGGAAACUAUCACUGCAGAAGUCAUGUCAACAUGUACCACCCCAGUUUCUGACGAUCAUGAUGAGAAAUAUGGUGUUCCAUCACUUGAAGAACUAGGUUUUGAUACAGAUGGAUUGCCUUCUGCCGUUUGGCCAGGAGGAGAAACAGAAGCACUCACGAGAUUGGAAAGACAUUUGGAAAGAAAGGCUUGGGUAGCAAACUUUGAACGCCCUCGAAUGAAUGCAAAUUCCCUUCUUGCAAGUCCAACAGGACUUAGUCCUUAUCUACGUUUUGGCUGUUUAUCUUGCCGUCUAUUUUACUUCAAAUUAACAGAUUUGUACAAAAAGGUGAAGAAGAACAGCUCUCCCCCUCUUUCCCUCUAUGGCCAAUUGUUGUGGCGUGAAUUCUUUUACACAGCAGCAACUAAUAAUCCACGAUUUGAUAAAAUGGAAGGCAAUCCCAUAUGUGUGCAGAUUCCAUGGGACAAAAAUCCUGAGGCUUUGGCCAAGUGGGCAGAGGGUCGGACAGGAUUCCCUUGGAUUGAUGCCAUUAUGACCCAGCUGCGUCAGGAAGGCUGGAUCCAUCAUCUUGCCAGACAUGCUGUAGCAUGCUUCUUAACUCGAGGUGAUCUGUGGAUUAGCUGGGAGGAAGGAGUGAAGGUAUUUGAAGAAUUGCUUCUUGAUGCAGACUGGAGCGUGAAUGCAGGCAGUUGGAUGUGGCUGUCUUGCAGCUCAUUUUUCCAGCAAUUUUUCCAUUGUUACUGUCCUGUGGGCUUUGGCAGGAGAACUGAUCCUAACGGAGACUAUAUCAGACGGUAUCUACCUAUACUCAGAGGUUUUCCUGCAAAGUAUAUAUAUGAUCCUUGGAAUGCCCCUGAGGGAGUCCAGAAAGCUGCAAAAUGUAUAAUAGGAGUAAAUUAUCCAAAACCAAUGGUAAAUCAUGCUGAAGCGAGUCGAUUGAAUAUUGAAAGGAUGAAACAAAUCUACCAACAGUUAUCCCGAUACAGAGGAUUGGGCCUCCUUGCUUCAGUGCCUUCUAAUGGAAAUGGAAAUGGAAACGGAAAUGGAGGCCUAAUGGGAUAUUCUCCAAGUGAAAAUCUCCCUGGUUGUGUUGGUACAAAUGGCACUCAAAUGGGAACCAGCGAAGGACAUACAGGGAAUGUUCAAGCAUGUACCCUUGGAGAAACUCAUACAGGAACAAGUGGAAUUCACCAGCAAGGUUACUGUCAAGGGAACAGUGGAAUUUUACAUUAUGCUCAUGGGGACAGUAAAAAAACACACUUAAUGCAACAAGGAAGAACAUCACUUAGCAUUGGAGGGUGUACUGGGAAGCGGCCAAAUCCAGAAGAAGGAAUUCAAAGUAUUGGUCCAAAAGUCCAGCGACAGAGCAGUAAUUAAUGGGGUAAAACUGAGUUGUGAAGGAAAUGAUUGAUAAACUACAUUCUAGUCUCACAAAGAGAAACUAAGUGUGCCUGCUGCAUUUUUGGGAGCAUAACUUUCUUGGAAGAAGUGGACCAAACAUCAUUGCAUCCUAUUUGGCAGUGGCCAAGAACUCCUGUCAUAUAAUCUUAAUUCUGAGUGUGACCUGUAUUGUCAUUUAACAACACCUAGUUUCUAUUUUUCCAUUAAAUUGUGAAUUUAAUGUGUGUGUUUUUUCUUUGAAUUUGCUGAGAGAUAAAAACGUUCACUUGAAACCCACUAGUUGUGUAACAUUUUGGGUAAUGGACAGUAUUUAUUUUUUCUUGAAAUUAUUUGUUAAUUUUUAUGUAUCCCAAUUUAUUUUUAUAGUGGGAAGUUUUAAAAAAAUAUUUCAUCUGUUGUGAUUUUCUACAGAUGAUACUUUCCCCUAAGCUUUUUAGUCUAAGCAGUUUAAUAUUUUUCCAUUUUAUAUUCAUUUUUUCCUUUUUCUUAAGAUAGACUAUCUAGAUGCAUUCAGGCUAAUGUAUAUGUAGCACAUAGAUUUAGCUAUGUAACUUGAAAUAUUUUUCUCUUAGAACUUUUAAAUUCUUGCAUUGCUUCUUAGGUGCAUUAGCAGCAGAUUUACCAAUCAGUUUAGAAUAAUUAGCCAUGCAUAUUCCCAAACACAUUUUGCUCAGAAAAAGCUUAGGUUAUUCCUUCUUUCUUGAAGCUUGGGAAGGCAUGUGAUUCCUAAAGCAUUUUGAACUAAUAGUAUCUUAGAAAAGAUGAAGACCUUAAACUAUUGAACAGCUUUAUCUUUAUAUUUUGGAUAAAUGUCAAGAAAAGUUAAUAAAAUAUUUAUUGUUGAGGGGUUUUUUUACCGUCUGACACACAAUGAUGGAGUAACCUAUUUUCUAGGUCCUCAGCAUGGUUCAGGUGCAAGAUAUACCUUGAUGCCCACCAAGCAUACUACUAUAUUUUUUUAAAAGGUGGGACGGAAAGCUAACAUGUUAAUAUCACUUCAGGCAUAAUUUCUGACUGUGCUUGAUAUACAAAGGCAUUCUUCACCAAUAAAAUAAUAGAUGGCUACAAUGCGUUGCUUUUUGGUAUAUGGAUAUUUUCUGAUUACCAUACCUACAGCAGCUGACCAGGCAGGCAUUCCCCCUACCUUGCAAAUUUCACUGCCUUUGCAGUAAGAAGGGCAUAGAUGGGGGGAGAUAGGGACAGUUAAAGUGCCCCUGCAGUUGAGUGCAAGUGAACCUAAAUUUUGAUUAUGUAAAAACCAUAAUUUCAGUACAGAUCUUAUCUCCUUUUGUUCAGUGCUGUAAUAACUUUCAGUGGUCACUGAAUGAAUUGUUGUAAGUUGAGGAUUACCUGUAAUGCAACAUGAACCAAAUAUUAGUGACUUAAUAUGAAUCAGACUUCACUGAUCGUUGCUUCUUCUACAAAUUCAGUUUCCUUGUUUACUCCCCAUUAUCCAGUCAAUAGCAUCCACUUGUCUGUUGCUCUUUCAGUUUUUUCUUUACUGUUGAUGUGCUUAAUCUUUGGUUUCUGUAUUUGAAAUAUAUUAGUAUUUGCAUUUUUAACCCCUAAAGGUUGAUUUUUUGGUUGCUGCAAACAUAUAGAUCUUAAAGUUUAGUUAUGGAAAUUAAUUUGAUACAGCAUUGCAUGAAACCAAUAAAUUUUAAAUUGAAAGUUCAAAUACUUCAGGUACUUUAAUGUAUUUCAAGUACAUUAAAGCCUUUUGAAAAACAGUUUUUUCUUAUUUAUAACUGAUAAGUUUAUCCCCAAUUUUUUUCCUGUGCUCAGCUUUCAUAGCAAAUAUUCAGCUGCAGUCUUAUACACACUUACAUAUAUGUAAAUGCAGUUAAACUUGUAGGUUUAUGUGUAAAUGUACAUAAAACUAUGAUAUUUUUUAAUUCACGUGAUUGUGUAUGGGUUCCUUUUCAUUCUUGCUUUGUUUCCAUUUAACAUUCUGUUGACAAGUGUUAACUGCUUACUGAAAUCCCUGUAUCUAGUUUCUAUGCCUGUUUUCUGCUUCUUUUUGUCUUCCAGUUCGCCCAUGCCCCCAGCCAUUCUUUGGACUUCUCAAUGUUAAAAGACACUAUAUUUUGGAGUCUUAUAGCAUCUUACAAUCCACUUUUACCAUCUGCCAGUCAGAUAUUCCAAAGAGAGUUUGUAUUUUUAGUUAAAAAUAUAUACACUUCGCUAACUACUAGAUAAUCUUUCAGACUCAACAAGCAUAGCAACUAGUUUCAAUACUAAUUAGCAAAAUAUAUUAAAAGAUUUCUUGAAUUAUUUUCUAAGGAUUGAUUUAUUUUUGCCUCUACAGCAUUGAUAAAAGGGAAGGAUCCACACCCUAAGUUUCAGUUUUUGUGAGAGUGCUUGUAUUAAAAUAUGCAUUUUCAUACAUUUAUUUUCACACAUUCUGAAUGGUUCUAAACUAGUAUGAAUUUUUGGACUGUAUGGUUUCUAACUGACUUUUAUAUGGUUUUUAAAAUUUUAAAUGACUUUCACUAAGGAAAAAAAUAGAGAUUUGUAAAUAAAACAGUUGACAAGGAGUUUAGUUGCAAUGUAAAUAUAAGCAUUCAUGAUAUAGUGAUAUUCAUCUAUUUUUGAUAUUUCAUGUAAGGCUUUUAUAAAUUCUAUGGAUGGAUAGAAAAUAGAACAUGUCUGAACUACGAUGUUGGUUUUUUUUCACAUUUUUUUUUUUAAACUUGGAACAGAAUUUUUGACCACUUCAUGCUCCAGGCUCUUACUUUUCAAAUGUUUUCUUAUUUUCCAGUGUAUAAAAUAUACUAAAGAGUUUACUUUUUGAAAACCAUCUGUAUAUAAACCCUUUCUGCCAAUAUUUUUGUUAAAAGUACAAAAUUGUCAUGAAAUGUGUUCCAUCCUUGUGUUUCCCACUGCCUUUGUGAAAUCAGUGAGGAUGCUCUGAUUAAUAAAAAAAAGUAUAUAUACA